AUGACUGAUGCAACUAAAGAUCUAAUGCCCGCGUAUCCCAUCGUCGACAUCCACACCCACAUCUAUCCAGACUCCUACCUCAACCUCCUUCGUUCUCGCAAAUCUGUCCCAUACAUUUACGACCCCGCCGAUGGCGCCCCCUCGCGCCUCAUCAUCCUGUCAUCGGACGAGAAUCCUGCUAUCCCCAGAGAGAAACGCGGCCGUCCAGUUGACUCCACUUACUCAGACAUAAACCUCAAGCUCGAAUUCAUGCGCCAACACAAUAUCACUACAAGCGUGAUAUCCCUCGCGAAUCCGUGGCUAGAUUUUCUACCAGCCCAAGAUGCAGCUCAUUGGGCAGAGCAGAUCAAUAAUGAUCUUGAGAGAAUAUGUGCUGAGCAGCACGCAAAGGCCAGCGGGCGCAGCAGUGAUGGUAGGAAAUUGGCGUUGAAUGAGUUCCGUUCUCUCUUUGCAUUUGGCGCAUUGCCUCUCAGUGCUCCCUCCGCUGAUAUCAUCGCGAACGAAAUUUCACGUCUUAAAACAUUGAAAUUUCUCCGCGGCGUUAUUAUGGGGACUUCAGGUCUGAAAAAAGGGUUGGAUGAUCCGGCUCUGGACCCCGUCUGGUCUGCACUAGAAUCUACGAGGACGCUCCUAUUCUUGCAUCCCCACUACGGGCUGCCUGAUGACGCAUAUGGUGGUGCUGAUGUGAUGAAGCAAUAUGGUCAUGUCCUCCCUCUCGCAUUGGGGUUCCCGUUGGAAACCACCAUUGCAGUAACGAGAAUGUACCUAUCGGGUGUGUUUGAUCGAUAUCCGAAAUUGGGUAUCCUGCUGGCCCAUUCUGGCGGCACGCUGCCGUUCCUGGUUGGCAGGAUUGAGAGUUGUGUUGCCCAUGAGAGGAAGUUUGUUGCGAAUGGAGGUGACGUUGUGGGGCCUAAAAGGGGUCUUUGGGAUGUGUUAAGGGAGAAUAUUUACCUGGAUGCGGUUAUUUAUGGGGAAGUAGGGUUGAAGGCUGCUGUGCAUGGAGCUGGUACUGUGGAUCGCGUACUGUUUGGAACCGAUCACCCCUUCUUCCCGCCCCUAGACGGUAAAGAUGGGCAAUGGCUGAGUGUAACAACAAAUCGAAAAGCAAUUGAUGAUGCCUUCGGAGAUGAUUCGGCUGGCUCAAAGGCCAUCUUAGGGGCUAAUGCCAUCAGAGUUUUGAAACUCGAGAGCUAA